CCUAAGAAACAUUUCGUUUUCGAAGGUCAUAGAUAUUGUCAAUGUUUUUUUUCAAUUUAAAUCCGCUUAAUUAACUGCCAAAACUGACAAAGAGCAAAUUAUACCGGAGCAGAAUCGUUCGGCAAGAAAAAUAUCUGUGAUAAUUUGAUUUUUGGGAGGAUGAGUAUACUUCUUUCGCUUUUUACGCUCGAUGAAUUUUAGAGUUUUUGAAUGAAGAAAGUGCCGAUUGGUGUGAAAAUGGAAGAAAAGGCGAGAAAGAAACCAAGUUCGGCAACACAAAAUGACAGACCAGAUUUCACAGAUAUUACGGUAUUUGGAACACCCUUGCCCCAAGCAACUUCAACAGUCGAGAGAAAAUCAACCCUUCCACCAAGGUAUAGUCAGAAUGCGUUCAAUACUGAUCAUUACAAACGGCAACUUAUGAAUGAUAGCAAUGCCACACAUGAUUCCUCGCUUGGAAUUCUUCAUAACAUUUCAACAUUAUUAGAUGACAAUUUUACAGACGGGAAUAAAAAGCAACCUGGCCAAAGAAAAGACAUAGAUACCGAAAGAGAACUUGCUCGUAGAUUAUUACAAAGAUGCAGCGCUCCACUAUUAAAGGAUGAAAAAAAGGCUGAUAAAGAGAAUGAUGGCAACGUGCAGAAUAUGAUUGGGGGAACAACUCGUUCUAGUUUAAUGGGUUCCGAGCAAUCUUCAGCACAGUCUUUUACAGCCGUAAAUGAGGAGGAAAAUUUUUCAACCGAAAAUAAUGCCAAAUCUUUCACAUCAAACAGUGUUGUGUUUGAACCGCGAGAAAUAACAGCUCGUUCUUCCGAGAUGAGUAAAAAUUCCGAAAAUCCCUUUCCAAACUCCUUUCAGGCGAACUUGGGAGGCCUCAGUUUUAAUUCAACCGCAGCAGAAUUAAUGGCACAAUUUGGAGGGGAAGAAUUUAAAUCUGAUUCCCGCAUGAUUAAUCAAAUGAUGGAGGAUGAGAUAUCUUGGAGGCAAAAUUAUCCAUUUGCGAUGCCCUUGCCGCCAAACACUGGCGAAAAGGAACGAUUAGACUUAUCCUGCUUUUCGGGUAUCAUUGGCGAUUUUGAUUUGUCGCUCGAAUCCUGUGGUGGCCGGAAAGUAUCAAUUGGCGAGUUUUUUAAAAGAAAAUGCGAAAAUAUAGGAGAACUUUCUUCAAGUGAUAGUGUACAGCGGCCGAGUUUCGGAUUUUCUAUUAAAAGUCCUAAAAAACGGGAGAAAAUGGAACCUUUGAUAGACAUUACUGGAAUGACUGAUGAAUCUACCGUUCACAAAGAGAAGGAAAAUAAGCGUUUAUCAAGUACAAUCGAUUUGACGAAAGAAAACAGUCUGAUGAGUCUGAGUAGUAUCGCACAAGUUCUUCAAAAUAUCGACGAUGGUACUCCGCGAAAAUUGGUGGAUCAGCUGAUAAUGGCAAAAAUGAAAAAAAAACAGCCACAAACGCAGCAAGUGGUUAGUGACACCUACACUUUGCUACCUUCCUCCAGGAGUUCUUUACCUGUUUCUCAUUCUAAUACACUUGAGACUGAGAAAACUGAAAACGAAACUCUUGUCAGUGAACAUACUUUGAGGAACCGAAUCAGUAAAUAUUCUCUUGAUAGCAGAACUCUCGGCAAUACGCCGAUUAAAAAUCAUUCCCUCAAACAAAACCUAUCACCAAAAGCUGAAAAGGAUUUGACACCAAAGGCGGACGUUUAUGGUUCAACCAUUUCGGAACAGACGAAGGUCAAGGAAAAUAAAUGUGAGCUAUCGUUUCCUGAAUCGAAGCCUGCCCUGGGCACAUCAAGUCUACCUCAAUUUAACUCUCCGAUAGAGGGACCAAAAUCAGCAAUUAGAAAAUAUGAAGACAUGCAAGCCGUUUACAUAAAAAAAGGAUCUCCUGUCAGUGUGCAAUACAGUGACGAAGAAAGCAAUUUUAUUGAUAAAGAUUCUCCAAAGAUGCCUCAACCAGAGAAGUUGGAAAAGGAGGAUUCGCCUCUCAGUCAGAAUUCUGUAUGCAGUCCAAAUUUGCAUUUAAGCCUUCAAGGGAGCGUUACUAUAGGAAAGAAGACACAAGAAUUAUGUAUGUGUGUCGUAGGAAUUAGGAAAGAAACUGACCUCGACAUAUCAAAUAAGGGUGAUCGGUGGAUUAUUUGUUCUGUGUCUUUAAAUCAGAUUCAAGGAGAUAGUGAGGCCAUCGAAUUAUUGUUGCCAAGUGAUGUCGUUUUGGUGGAACCUGACGGUUGCAAGACGCUCAGAAUUGAAGUAAGAAUUCUGAAAAUGACAACACCAAUACUUGCAGUUUUAAAUAUUGUGACGUCAGAUUUUGUCACUCGAUCAAGAUGGAAUUCUAAGUACAUAAUAUGUUUUAUAUCAGAAGAUCUGCAGGUUGACGUCACCACUCCUUCCAAAGAAAUGGAAAUUAAUUUUGAAAGUAUUACUGAAGAUGGAUCGAAAAGACUGCCUAUUACUUUUGAAAACAAAAACUGUGUAGAUCUUCCAAUACUGCUCUCUAUUUCACAAGAUGAACCAGCGACAUACAGAAUUCAGAAAACAGUUGAAGAAACAGAAGCUGAUGGCACUGAUUCUAAAUUGACUUAUUUUCUACUCAAAUCUAGGGAGCGUUGUACAGUAAAUGUAGAAUUCAAAGGAGUACCUUUAAACUUGUUUCAAGGACCUGAUUCGGAAAAUAGUCUUCGACGAGUAAGCGGAAAGUUAACCAUUCAAACAGAGCCAAAUUCGAAAGACGAUCCGGGAAUUAUUAUCAAAGAAAUACCUUUCAUUGGUUAUAUCGGUUUUUGCAAAAUAAGAACUGUCGAUUCUAAAUUACCUAUUUUGAUUCCCAAAAUGCAAAACAAAUUGCUGACUCUCCAAAAUUCGGGCAACAUUGGAGUUCAAUUAUCUGCCAAAAUUGUUGAGAAGGAAGGCGAAGAAAUUGAUAAAUCUUGCGAGGAUUUUGUCAUAACUCCCGAAUCUUUGUUCCUGCAAGGGGGUGAAAAGUGUACUUUCGCCAUUUCUUACAUGCCGCAACACUUUGCUGAUUCUGAAAGACAUGCUGUGGUAAAAAUUAGAGCAGGAACUAGUAAAUAUUGUUAUCCAGUUAUCGGUGAACGAGAAUUCACUCCAGAAGAAACGUGCGAUAGUUUUCGUUGUGAAACUCCCCAGCUUUUGAGGUCUGCGAAUUCUCCGUAUAAUAGAUCUGUGGCUUCUCCGACUUCUCCGUAUAAUAGAUCUGUGGCUUCUCCGAAUUCUCCAUAUAAUAGAUCUCCAAAUUCGGGAAGAGAUUCCCCGGGAGGAAGUUCAGUUUCCGGUUCAACAAUUGCAGGAGAUGUAAUACCCAUACGUGCAACGCAUUCUUCAUUAGCCUGGAGUAGCAUUCGAGUCGGAAAAUUGGACGCCAAAGAGAUCACGAUUCGUAACACGAGUAAUAAUAAAAUUAAACUUCAUACAUUCAUCAUGUCCAAGGACCAGUAUUUUAAGUUUGCACGAGAUCAACAAAAGUCAACUAAUAGCUUGAUCCUAACGCUCCAAGCAACGGAGAGUAAAACCAUCACCGUCAUUUUCAAUCCUCUUUCUCCAGGAGCUGUCACAGGAAAACUUUUAUUCCAGCAUUACUCGCAUACAAAGGAUCACUCCGAAUCACGCUCGCCAAAAGUGAUACCACUCUAUGGAUAUGGUGGCAGUACAAAGUUAGAAAUUUCCAAGGCGUAUAAAGACACUGGCGGUCAAAUGUGGCUCUCGCUUGGAAAAAUGACUGGCGGGUCUUUGGACGCGAAAAUAAAACUAGAAAAUUUGGGAGACUUGACGUGUUAUGUGAAACUAAAGUUGAUUCCAAAAGCUGUCUAUCCAUCAAUGGCAUUCAGCUGGUGCGUAGAACCCACCGAAUUAUUACUCGGUCCAAAUGAAGGUCAGUGGGUUUCACUCGAAUUCCGUCCAAGAAAGGAGGAUUUGCAAUUAUUAAGCAAAAGCACCGUAUCUCACGUGGGAACAUUAAAUCUCACUUAUGGAGACGAACCGACUCGAUUGCGAAUUCGAAGAUUGUUUAAUAAGAUGAAGGAGUCGGCUCAACAAAGUCGAAAGGAAAAUGAAUUUUGGAACGUGAUUUAUCCAAUUUGCAAAGCAUUUCCUGGAGAAACGUUCAUUAGAGACAUUACUCUCGUUCGCGACUCAAAUAUAAAUCUUGGAGACCUUUGUAGAGGGGUCCAUCAGCAAGAAUUGAAAUUAACUGUGGAAACGAGUGCUGAUGAAACUAUGUCUAUUUUGCAAGACGAUAUGGAUGAUACUCAAACUUUCUAUUCACUUUGCAGUGAUAGCUGUAACGAUAUUUCGGUCACUGGAGAUAGUUAUUUACCCGCUGAAUCUGUACUUGAAAGCGGUCACCAACAGUAUGCUCGCGAAAAUGAAGAAGCUUUUAUCGUGCGACCAUCGUCCAUAACUUUGGUGCCGUCUGUCAAUAACGAGGCAGCAAUUUUAAUCUCAACUUCCUGCAAAGUUGCUCAACCUUUCGAGACGGUUUUAUCAAACGAUCAGGAAUAUUUAACAGUGGUGCCCAGUACUGGGAUGAUUCCCACGGGCAAAAAUCUUGCCCUGAAAAUAGAGUGCAGAAGGCAAAUCGCUCGGGAUUUCGACGCAGUGCUUAGAAUUUACACGGCAAACGAUAAACGCGAUGUCACAAUUCGAGUUUGCGAAAAGAGAAACUAAAUUCUCUUUUCUUUCCGCUCGUGUUGAACUUUUAUUAUUUUUUUAACUGAGAAAUGUGUGUUUGUGUGUAUAUGUGACCAGUGUUUCAGAAUCAAAAAUUAGUGCAUAAGGUAUAAUUUAAAAGGAAGGGAUGAAAGCUUUUAUAUAUUUUUCACCGGUUAUCAGUCACAAUUUAUGCUAGGGAUCGAUACGAUCAGUAAUCUGUACUUAUAUUUUUAUUUUUAUCCCAGUAUUUUCGUAAUAUUUAAA